GUACACAAGACCUUCAGUCACCACCACCACUGUUAGUUCGAACUCUUUCGCCGGUCGUCGGGAUAAGGUGGUAUUCGGGCACCAGAAAUGUUGGUAUUCCUCCUCCGCCGGCGCUGCUUCUCCACCACCACCACCACCCCUGCUUUCUCAAACCUCUACACCAAGUAUUCCUUUACUCCCCCAAAAUCACUUGAUGAUCAAAAACCUAAAACCCCCAACAUCCGAUCGCAACAUUCCGACAACACCAUAAGGAAAAAGAAGCCUCUCUACCGUCCUCCCUCUUCUCUCGACAGGUCCGGCCAAAACCCCAUAAAGUCCGAUCUCCCCUUCGAUUUCCGCUUCAGCUACACCGAGAGCAGCCCUGCCGUGAGGCCCAUUGGUCUCCGUGAGCCAAAGUACUCUCCUUUUGGCCCUGAAAGGGUUGAUCGUGCGUGGACCGGCGUAUGUGCUCCUGCAGUGGAUCCCAUGGCCGGCGGCAAGGAGGAGGCUGAGAAGCUGGAAGCCAAGAGGAACAAGAUCAGGAAUAUGGUUCAAGGCCAGGACUUGACCAAUGCUGAGAGACUUGCCUUGGUCCAGAGUUGUGGGAAGCAUAAAACCAAGAGACAAAUCAAUUUGGGAAGGGAUGGGUUAACACACAAUAUGUUGAAUGACAUUCAUAAUAACUGGAAGCAGGCUGAAGCUGUUAGGAUUAAAUGUAUGGGUGUACCAACUGUUGAUAUGAAAAAUGUCUGCACACAGUUAGAGGAUAAAGCAUUUGGUAAGAUCAUACAUAGGCAUGGCGGUUCACUCAUAUUAUACAGAGGCAGAAAUUACAACCCUAAGAAAAGACCCGUGAUUCCGUUAAUGUUAUGGAAGCCACAGGAGCCCGUAUAUCCAAAGCUCAUAAAAACGACUAUUGAAGGUCUAAGUAUUGAGGAAACAAAAGAAAUGAGGAAGAAAGGAUUAGCUGUUCCUGCUCUCACAAUGCUCGCAAAAAACGGUUAUUAUGGUGGUCUUGUUCCUAUGAUCAGAGAUGCCUUUCUGGUGGAGGAACUGGUGAGAAUCGACUGUCGGGGUUUAGAAAGAAAAGAUUACAAGAAGCUAGGUGCCAAAUUGAGGGAUUUGGUUCCAUGCAUACUAGUUACAUUUGAGAAAGAACAAAUAGUUAUAUGGAGGGGUAAGGACUACAAGCCUAAAGAAGAUGGAUGUUUUCUCGUGGACCGUGAAUCUUUUGACAAAAGUGACACCAACCCAGGAGGGCAUGAAAGUCAAGAUGUCAACCAUUAUCAAAUUGAGUUAAACUCUGAUGAUGAAAAGUGAACUGAGAUCUUUUAUGUUGCUGCGAAUCUUGAACCAAACUUAUUGAUGCUUGCACUUGACGUGUCAUGUAGUCAAGUUAACACUGAAAAGUAAAGUGAAGGAUUCUUUGGGAGUAGUAAUCUUGGACCCUUGAAGAAAUCCAACUGAAGAAAAGUCAGCUCUAUUGUUUUUAUUAUGAUGUUGGUAAGUUUACAGAUAUUAGAUAUAGGUCUAUCUUGUUAAUAUUAGAUAUUUGAUAGGGUGGUGUAUUCCUUGUUUUGGUUGCCAUGUCAUGAUCUAAUCUUCAAGAAACUUGUUGAUUUGGGUA